AUGUCCCGAUAUCUCACCCGGUCCAGCUACACUUUCCAGCUGGCGGAACCUUUCCCCGUAUCUCCGCUCACAGAUCCAAUCGCGGCAGAAAAUAUUCGUAACACUUUAUUAGCACUUUACACUUUUGCAAUUGAUGGUUGUAACUGGGCGGCCUUAUCUCGAGUCUUCGCCCCAAACGCACGAGCAAACUACUCAGCAGCCAUCGGGAUCCUCUACGGCCCUGAAGAAAUCGCCAACUAUAUCUCCACAACCCUUGCUUCCUUCGUACGAACACAACAAAGAUACGGAACGCAAUACAUAACUAUAUAUUCGCCAAGCAGCGCCAUCUCCGUGACAUAUUUUUAG